CGACUUGCAUGUUCCCUAGGAUCUCUCGGCGGUCGACUGUUUCCCUCGCCGCCUAUCUCCUGAUCGUCCUUCUCGUCGCCUUCUUCGUUGCCAUCUCCUGUGUAUUCCUCCUCUCGCAGGCUGCACGCACCGCGCCGAACAGGGGGUUCGUCCAGAACUUCAAUGCGGUCGUCAUCGGAGCGGCCUAUGUCAUUCUGCUAGUAGCGUCGUUGGCGCUUUGCUUGAAGCGGAGGAUCGCGGUGCACAGGAGGUUGUCUCGAAUCUCGAAGACGUUCCAUACACUCGGAAAGAACGACGUCCCGAACAGUGUGUACCAGUAUAUUCAGCAGGAGUAUACCCGCGCAUGCCUCAUCGCGUACGAGUCGCGUCCGAAGGAUGGUUUCCAGGAGGGUUGGGGAACGCCAGGCACUAGCCUCCAGUCUAUCCCUUUCCGAGCGUCCCUCCUUGACACUGUUCGUCAAAUUGACAAGCUUGCACACGAUGUCAUUCCGCGCCAUCCACCCUUGCGCCCUCAUGCGCGAAUGUUACAUCACUUCCGGUUCAUCCUCCCGCUCCUGAGCAAGGAUGAGGAUGGCUUGACCCCGCUGCACUACUACGAUUCGGCAAUCCAGCUUGCUCGACAUGCUUCGAGGGAGCCUACUGAGCAGGAAUACAUUGUUGGGAUGAGGGCUGCGAAGGAGAUCCAGGACAUCUUGACUGAGUGCCUUGCAGAGAUGCAGGAGGGGUCAUCGACGGACUUAAGCACUUAUGCAGCAGAGAAGGAUAGCGCUGUCAGCUAACGCCGUAUCGUCACGUCAUAUCAAUGUAUAUUGUAUAAUAUUGAUAUACACGACAGCAGAUGUUACAAGGUUCUAAGGCAAGCAACUCGUACACGUCCUGUAAUCUCCGCGUCUACUCAGUGAAGCCCGUUCUGGUAGACCUUCUUGAAGCUGGGGCGCUCUGCCCAAGCUUGCCAGUAAGCGACGACUUUCGCAGGGACCGGCUCCUUGGUCUCCCUCUCGAGUGCUUCAUAGCCGUCCUUGUCGUUCUUUCCCCCGGUGAGGAACGCGAUGCGCGCUAGCCACGCAGCCAAGUGGAAGUCGUCUUCCCCUGGGGUUUCGCCGCCGAGGAAUCCGGACUCGGGGAGGACAGCAGGGAGGUCGACGAGGAUGAAGUUUGCAAGCGUCUGCCAGUGAGCAACGGACUGCUUGAAGAAGCCCUGCUUCACGUCUUCGGGAACUUCACCCUUGUAGAUGGCAAGAAUGCCACCGUUUGCGGCCCUCUUGGCAUCAUAGAAUGCCUUGUGUUCGGCCGCCUCGGGGAGGUCAGCGUGCUUCUCGAGCGUGUUCUGGCCUGUCAAAUCAAACAUGGACGUUAGGAAUCGGUCGGUGGUGCAACCGCAUCAGAGAUGGCGCGACUUACGGUUCUGCACGAAUUGGAGAGGGAAGCCUCCAGCGGCUGCCUUCAGCUCUUCCUCGUUGCGCUACAAGGCAGAGCGUUAUCGAUGAGUAUGAUCCGUGCAAGGCCGGCGACGCGGCUGCGGUGUGGUACUCACCGAGAGCAGGAGGGGCGCGUUCGGGUCGUAUUUUUCCUCGUGGAUCUUGUCUAUGAACGUCGUGCCUUUGGCGACCUUCUUGGGCGCGUUCGCCACCAAGUACGACACCACCUCCUUGGUAGACGUGUACGUCUUGCCGUCCGCGGCGAGCGUGGGGAGAGUGGCGUGAGGGUUCUAUGGGGUCCGAGAUGGUCAGACUCGGGCAUGCACGGUCGACGUGAGAUGAAAGAUAUCGAGAUGGACUGACGAUCUUUAGGAAUUCAGGGGUGAAGUUGGCGCCCUCUGCGAGGUUGACCACUUUGGUCUCAAUAGCAUCGUCGGGAUAGCCAAGCUCAGCACUGGACGUCCGUUGUUGAGUUCUUUGCUUGUGAAGUAUGCCCUAUCUACUUACAUCGCGAGCUCGGGUGCAGCAGCCCAGACGGACAAGCCGAAGG